CGCACAAAGCACAACUAAAUGGGCAGUACAGCCCCUCCCCGCUCUUCUUGAUCCUCCCACUCCUUUACCCCCCUCAUACUCCCCCUCCCUCAUGUCCACCAACGCAGCACACGACAGUAACGGCAGCCCCCUGCCCUCGCGCAACGGCGGGAUUACCGGCGGUGACCCGGGCGUCUCGGCACCUUUCAACGUCGUGCGCAACCGCUUCGGCGCCGCCAACGCGCGCCCGCUAGACGAGAUCCGCAACCUCACCCCCGAGCCCGCGCUCGCCAUGCCCCAGAGCUACCAGGCCAAGGACUCGAUCCCCAACACGCCCCUCGCGGCCAGCCUCAUCUCGGCCGCGCUCGGCGCCGUGGCAGGCUCGGCCCUCCUCCUCGCCUCCUUUCCAUUACUCCGCUGGCUUGGAGCCGAGUCGUGGACCUGGCCCCGACCCCAGCUCGCAGUCUACAUCACAGCCAUGGCCAUGUUCCACCUCCUCGAGUUCUGGACAACUGCCGGUUGGAACUACCGCAAGCUCAGUGUCGAUGCCUUCCUCUUGAACAAUACCGCCGGAUAUCACCUCGCCCACCUCAUGGGCCUGACCGAAUACUUCAUCUCGUCGUACUUCUGGGCCAGCAAGUUUGAGACGGUCUGGGCGAGCUGGCCCGUUCUCACUGGUGUCCUCGCCAUCCUCCUUCUUGCACAGUCAUUCCGCUCGCUUGCAAUGGUGCACGCUGCCGACUCAUUCUCCCACAUUGUCAAGGCCGUCAAACUUGACGACCACACCCUAGUUACCACUGGCGUCUACGGCUACGUCCGUCACCCGUCUUACGUCGGCUUCUUCUACUGGGCUGUGGCGACCCAGCUCCUGCUGUCCAACAUUGUCAGCACUUUCGCCUUCAUCGUCAUUCUCGGACGCUUCUUCUCCAGCCGCAUCACCAACGAAGAGAAACACCUCAUCAGGUUCUUUGGCAACGACUAUGUCGAGUACAAGAAGCGCGUCGGCUCGGGUCUCCCCUUCCUCGUCAAGUAGGGUCUGCAUCAUAGAUGGCAGUGUAAUGCAUGUACAUGCGCUCUCAAUCUACUAGCGCUUGCCCGCCUUCCUCUUUGGCGGUGGUGGCCUGGCAACCUCCUCGUCGCUGCUGCUCUCCUCCUCCUCCUCUGACGCGACCUCGCCGACGGGGGCGUCCAUGUCCCAGUCGUCAUCGUCGUCGGCCGUCUCGGCUCCGCGGUCCUCGUAGUCGAACUCGUCAUCGUCGUCGUCGUCGGCCGCGGCGGCCUUUGCCCGGCGGCGUUCGAGCUCCUCCUCGGGGUCGACAUCCGACAGGCCGUCGACGUCGAGAUCUGAGCCGUCUUCCUCCUCAUCGUCAUCCUCCUCGUCGGCCUCGUCACCAGCCGUCUUGACCUUCUUCUUGGCGUCCUUCUCGGCCUUCUUGCGGGCAACGUUGGCAGCCUGCUCGGCACGGCGAGCCUCGCGGAGCCUGCGGCGCUCGUCGUGGGCCUUUGUCUGCGCGCUCGUCUGCGACUUGGUCCUCGCCUCGUACUUGUGGUACACGGUCUCGCCUUCGCCGCGCUUGGAGCCGACCAGACCCUCGACGACCUUGACGAGCUCAAGCUCCAGCCUGGGGCCAGUCUCGAGCAAGCGAACAGCCUUGCGCUCUCCCUUCUUGUUACCGCGGCCGACAUAGUCCUCGGGGAGCUCGACGGCGUUCGUGUCUGACUCGGCCUCGGAGGCCUCGCUCUCGCUCAUCGAGUCGUAGCCCGACGACGCCUCGGACGCAUCGCGUGACCUUCUGAUGAGGUAGUCGGCAAUGUCGUCGGCGUUUGAGAGAUCAGGUGCGCGGCGGGACGACGUCGCGCCGCCGAGGUUGACGAGCUUGCGCACGCGGCGAGACACGCCCUGCGGACGCACGCUGAUCGUGUAGUGGCGGAGCGAGAUGAGUCCAGUGCCGUGGUUGUACGAGACGAGAAGGACGCGGCGGAAGGUGGGGAGGGCCGACUUCUCAAUCUGGAUAGGCGGGAACAGGCCCUGGAACAUUGUGCUCAUGAGCUUGAGCUGAGGCAGGGCGGGUCCCUCGGCGGGCUGCUGGAAGUUGUUGAGGACGAGCAGGGGCGGAUUGCGGUACUCUCCUCCUGGCGACUUGCCAAUGUUGCGCAUCGACACGGAGGCCGACACAAUGUCACGCAUCAAGCUGUACCGCAGCACACGGAACGUCAAUGUUGGGCCUUGCGGCAGACGGGCCAUGCGGAGGUGGACGUUGAACGCGUCGGUGAGGGUGAAGGCGAGGAGGUGGGUGACGCUGAGCGUGGGCGCGAUCGUCAGGUAGUCGCGGAGACGGGCGCCUGGUCGCUCGCGGAGUCGGGUAGCAGUGUUGGGCUCCAUGAUCUUGCGGAAGUCGCGUACGAGCGACCCUACAGAUUUUGUCACUGUGCCAGACUUGAUGACGAACGACUUGGGGGCCUUCUCGGCCGCCUCGCCGGCCUCUCCGCCCUUGAGGUGGGUCCUGUUCUUUCUCCUACGCUUGGCCAUUUUGUUGUUGUGGUGUUGUGGGUGUUGUUGGGCUUGAUGUUGC